AUGCUCCCCCGCACGGCACUUGCAAGGAGCUCUAGCAGCCUCGCGGCCCUCCUCAGCCGCCCGGCUCUUGCUCCUCGUCUCAUCUCUCGCCCCGUCCUCGUUGCCACCCGUGCUUCGUUUGCGUCGAGGUCGUACUCGGCCAACCCCAAGCUCCAGGAGGCCGAGGAGGAGGACGACUUCUUUGCUGGUGUUCCCGUCAACGAGUCGCGCGCCUCCCACAGGGAUGCCGGACCCUCGCGCGGCGCUGGCCACUCGCGCGACCGGGCGCCUGCCCGUAGCCAGGAGGACGACAGCUUUUUCACUCCCGAGCUUGUUCAGGACGACGGCAAGGCUGCCAACGCCUCGACUGCCUCGCCCGAUGAUGCUCACGGCAAGGGUUCCGGCCCCGCUGUCCAGCUCGUCCCGUUCUCGUCGCUCAAGGGCCGCAUGGACCACGACACGCUCAAGUCGCUCACUUUUAAGCCCUUCAACCUCAUUGCCAUGAGUGAGGUUCAGAAGCGUGUUCUCGGCCGCAUGCCCGAGCUUGCUGGUGGAAAGACUGCCAUGUCGAUUGUCAACGCCGAGACUCCUGAGGAGACUGCCGCGCGUGAGGAGCGUGAGAAGCACGGCCGUGAGGACCUGCUUGUCAAGGCCAAGACUGGUACCGGCAAGACCAUUGCUUUCCUUGUCCCUGCUAUUGAUGCCCGCGAGUACACGACCGAGGAGCUUGCCAACGCCCCGGAUGAGGACGGUGUUGUCCCCACCUUGGCCACCGCUGGCAUGAACAGGCGCGAAAUCAUGCGCUCGCACGUUGGUGCCCUCGUCAUCUCGCCCACUCGUGAGCUCGCCACUCAGAUUGCCAACGAGGCCCUCAAGCUCACCACCUGGCGCAAGGAGCGCCAGGUUCAGCUCCUUGUCGGUGGUGGCAGCCGCAUGGAGCAGCUCAAGAAGUUCCGCUCCAUCCGUUACGGCCGCAAGGACAUUGUUGUCGCUACCCCCGGCCGUCUUGUCGACCUCCUCAACGAGCCCGUCGUUCGUGAGGCUAUCGCCAACACCGACAUGUUCAUCCUCGACGAGGCGGACACUCUUCUUGACAUGGGUUUCUCUCGCGACCUUGAGCAGAUUGUCAACUGCCUCCCCAAGGAGCGUCAGACCUUCCUCUUCUCCGCCACUGUCUCGCCCCAGAUCCAGAAGAUUGCCAAGAACUUCCUGAAGCCCAACUACAGCUUCAUCGACUGUGUCCCCAAGAACGAGUCGAACGUUCACCUCCACGUCCCCCAGUACGCUACUGUCCUCGAGACCCCUAGCCAGCAGAUUGCCCACCUUGCCCGUCUUGUGGCCCACGACCAGCUCGUUAACAAGAACUCGAAGGUCAUUGUCUUCCUUCCCACCACCAAGCAGACCAUGCUCUUCGCCACUCUGAUGCGCGAGUUCUCCGAGCACCUCCCCCAGGGCCUCUCGGUCCACGAGAUUCACUCGCGUCUUGACCAGGACAGGCGUUCGCGUGCCAACGAGCGUUUCCGUCGCGACAAGCGCGCUUCCGUUCUCGUCACUUCGGAUGUGUCGGCCCGUGGUGUUGACUACCCCGGUGUGACCCGUGUCAUCCAGAUCGGUAUCCCCCAGAACGGUGACCAGUACGUCCACCGUGUCGGCCGUACCGGUCGUGGUGGCAACACUGGUGGCCGCGGUGACCUCAUUCUCCAGCCCUUCGAGGCCGGUUUCCUCAAUGAGCUCAGCAAGGUCCCCAUCAAGGACCUCGGCGUCCAGGACCUUGUCAAGGAGAUUGACACUCUCUCCGCUGACAGGACCGACGCUCGUGGCAUUGCCAACAUUGACCAGGCUGUCGCCGACCUCCUCCCCAUGCUCGACCCCGAGGCUGUCAACGACGUUUUCAUGUCGCUGCUUGGUUACUACCUUGCGAAGACCGACAUCCUCGGGAUCCAGGGCCACGACAUCUACGCCGGUAUCCAGGACUGGUCGACUGAGGGUCUCGGUCUCUCUCAGCCUCCCCACGUCUCGCCAGGUAUGCUCACCAAGCUCGGCCUCGGCGGCGCCAGGCGCAACGGUGGCGGCCGCGGCGGUGGCGGCUUUGGUGGCGGCCAGCGCAAGACCUUUGGCCUCAACCGCGACAACGCUGGUGGCUCCCGUGGCAACGACCGUGGCGGCUUUGGCGGCGACCGUGGGGACCGCGGCAGCUAUGGCGGUAACCGUGAAGACCGUGGCCAGUCGAACCGCGGCGGCUUUGGUGGCCGUGAGGACCGUGGUGGCUUUGGUGGUCAGUCGAACCGCAGCUUCGGCGGCAACUCGAGGGACGAUGUCCGCCGCGCCGGCCGCGACUUCAUGCAGCGCCGCAACGACCGCACCGACCGCUACUAA